CCAAAGAAUAGUCAGCAGAAUAUUAGCGACUCUCAAAGCAGUUCUAAAAAUAGCAAGCGAGAUGCGGAGCCCGGAACGUCUAUCAUGGAUAUGUACCAAUCUUGCGACUCCGAAAAGUCAAGAAAGGAAGUUAGGAAGAGGGCCAUUCAAAUGAUGAGACAAUCCGGAUACUCUGUAUCCGUCGUGGAACCAGGAGAGUUUGCGAUCAAAUAUGCCUUCUCGGCACCUUAUCACUUAUUCUACACGAGGGUGGAAAAUUCGAAGGAGACUUACAAUCAGCAGUUCUCCAUAACAUUCCCUGAGAUUCUCGACCGGAGUCUUGGAGAAAUUGUCAACAGUCUUCAUUUAAACUUCAUGGUGGACGUUGGAUGGCUGUGUUUGCAGUAUCUGUUGGCCGGUCAACGUACUGACAUGAUGAUUUUGUACGGCGAUAGGGUGGAUCGUGAGAAAUUAAGCAGCAACAUUACCAUGAUAAAAGUAGAUAUGCCGACCCAGUUUGGUUGUCAUCAUACGAAGGUCAUGAUUCUGCAGUACAAAGAUGACGGGAUCAGGGUGGUUAUCUCCACUGCCAACUUGUAUUCUGACGACUGGGAAAAUAGGACACAAGGAUUGUGGAUCUCGCCUCACUUGCCCCUGCUACCAGAAUCGGCAAAUCCCAGUGACGGGGAAUCUCCAACAGGCUUCAAAAAGGAUCUCGAGCGAUAUCUGAGUAAAUAUAGAUAUCCGGCCUUGACGCAGUGGAUAUGGGCGGUGCGAAGGGCGGAUUUUUCUGACGUGAACGUGUUCCUCGUCGCUUCUGUCCCUGGGACUCACAAGGAUAACGAGGCCGAUUGUUGGGGGCACAAGAAAUUGGCUCACGUUCUAUCGCGUCACGCCACAUUGCCGCCGGACGCCCCCCAGUGGCCCAUCGUCGCGCAGAGUUCCAGCAUAGGCAGUCUCGGUCCAAACUUCGAAAGCUGGUUGUCGAGAGACAUAAUUCCGUGUAUGUCGAGGGAGACUACUAAGGGUUUAAAGAGUCAUCCACAUUUCCAGUUUAUUUACCCGUCGAUACAGAAUUACAAGCUCAGCUUCGAUUGUCGGAAUUUAUCUUGCUGCUUACCCUACAGCGCGCAGGUGCAUUCUAAGCAACAAUGGAUAGAAUCGUAUUUAUGCCAAUGGAAAGCUAAGCGAACAGGACGAGAGCGCGCGAUGCCUCAUAUUAAAUCCUACACGAGGAUUUCGCCCGACUUGAAAAGCAUUCCCUGGUUUGUGCUCACCAGCGCAAAUCUAAGCAAAGCCGCGUGGGGAGUCCAACGAAGCAACCAUUACACAAUGAACUACGAGGCUGGCGUUAUAUUCAUACCAAAACUUAUCACUGGGACAACAACAUUUCCUAUCGAGGACGAAGAGGAUCCAGCCGUCCCCGUAUUUCCGAUUCCGUACGAUCUUCCAUUGUGCCGAUACGAGUCGAGCGAUAGUCCUUUUGUCAGCGAAUUUCUCAACUCUUUGGGCAGAACAUAAUUUUUCAGCUGAUGACACUAGUAUUUUCUUAAAUGACGGAAUAUUUUUGCAUCCGCAUUUGUAUAUUUAUUUACAUAUAUUUUUAUAAAAUAAAAGCA